GGUAACUCAAGCAAAGCUUAUUGUCAGUGCAGUCCGGCCUAUAUAAAGUACCUUGACCAACAGCAGUCACCACUCAGCCUUACUCCUCUCUCUACCGCGUUACCUGCUGGCCCACAAGCCUCCUGACUUGAAAGAAAACAAUGUCGCUGUCGUCUAUCCUUUCUGCUGAUGCCAUCGCCAGCGCCAUCAAGGACUGCCAAGCACCAGACUCCUUCUGCCCCAAGAAGUUCUUCCAGGUCUGCGGCAUGACCAAGAAGAGCCCCCAGGACGUGAAGAAGGUCUUCGGCAUCCUGGACAACGACGGAAGCGGUUACAUUGAGGAGGAGGAGCUGAAGUUUUUUCUUCAGAGGUUUUCCCCGGGCGCCCGAGUCCUGACCGACACAGAGACCAAGGCCUUCAUGCAUGCCGCCGACGAUGACAGCGAUGGGCGGAUUGGAGUAGACGAGUUCCAAGCGAUGGUACAAUCCUAAACACUGUUCCAUAGUGCAUGACUUCAAGGGCUUCCUUUAGUCUCCAUCCAGUCCACCUUGUCAUCAUGUGUCCUUCUUCCCUUUGUCUUAUAACGAC